GACCACCCAGCUCCAGCCACCAUUCUGAACAGGAGUCCGGUGCAACUCUCGCCGUGAUAACAAUUCAGCGCUUAAUCCCGAAAUUUCUAUAUCAUAGUAUUUGUUGAAUACCGAUUCGAUUGAUUUAUCGUAAUGGAUUAUUCAUCGCUCCCUCACGACCCGGAUAACCCAACGGGUGCUUCCCCGUGGUCGUCAUCGCCGCAAGCCAACAGAGCGAGCUUCCCACCAUCCAGCAGUGAUGGGCCUUCUUCACCAUUCUCCGGUCCAUCUCCCUACAGCUCCGAAGUUGGUCCGGGACAUCAGCCAGGAUACUCCAGCGACCAAGACACAGCUGAAUCGUCAGCAUUCGGCCGGCCCGAAAGCGCUGGGCUCGAGUCACCGUCUGAGGAAAGCGGUGAGCACGGCAAGCCUGAUCUUUCUGAGCGGCUUCAGAGCCCACAAAUCGGAGAGCAUGAUUAUCCAGGACAUCAUCAAGUUCGGCAGCAUUACCAGGAAAACAUUCGCCCCGAUCCUCAACGAUACCCGAGUGGAAGGCAACCGCCGCGACAAAACCAGCCCCAAUAUAAGUUACAAGCAAAGAUAACUGGCCUCGAACGUACUGGUAGAAAAGAUCCUAUUCUGAGAUUUGAUGUUCACACCAACCUUCCCAAAUUCCGCACGACUCAAUUCCGCGAUGUCCGAAGGACGCAUUCCGAAUUCGUCAAGCUGGCUGAGCAUCUGAUAUCUGCCAAUCCUGAAGCAAUCGUCCCAGCAGUCCCUCCUCCGUUGACCUCGGCAGGCGCGGGCACAGACGAGGAUGAAGCACGAGUCAAGGGAUCGAUGCAGCGCUGGCUGAAUUACGUAUGCGGGAAUGAGAUCCUUAUGCGCGAUGAGGAAAUGAUAUUCUUCGUGGAGAGCGACUUUGGAUAUAGUCCCGUGGUAAGACGCAAGCAGCCAGCUACUGGUGUACGAAGAAAGGUCAUCAAGCAGUUCGCUCCCCCGCCAGAUGAUACUCCAGAACUGCAAAAUGCACGACCUGUGGCCAAGCUCUUCUACCUUGGGACAAUGGAGACUGGCCAAAAGGUAGACAAGCUUGUCAAGGCUAGACGAGCUCUUGGUCUCGCCGAAUCCGACCUCGGAGUGAAGCUUGGCACAAUGGCCGUGCAAGAAACCCACACUGGCCUUUCAUCCGCAUAUCGUAAACUCGGAAAGACAAUCCAGACAGUUGGUGACUACCAUGCUGCUCAGGGAACUAUGGAGGCCACGACUCUGGCCGACCCAUUGAACUACCACUCAUCCGAUGCCUUUAUCGUCAAGGAGACGCUUACCAACAGACACAUUCUCCUCCGGGAGCUACUCCAAGUCCAGCAAACCACACGAAGCAAGCUUGCCGCUGCGGACCGACUCAAAGCCUCAUCAUCUGUGCGUCGUGAAAAGGUUGACGAGGCCAUCGCAGCCUUGUCAGAAGCCCGAAUGCACGAGACAUUCCUCACCCGCAAAUGCCAAGGUGUCACAGACAACCUCGUCCACGAAUGCCGGCGGUGGUUUGCCCACACCACCAAUGAUCUCCGCCUCUCUAUACGCGAAUACGUAAUCCGCACUAUUGAAGCAGAACGCCGCACUCUCGCCACUCUCGAGAACGUCCGUCCCGAUAUCCGCGGCAUCGACGCCAGCGGCGGCCUCAGCCGUCUCGGCCGCGAAACUCAUCCAGCUACUCGCCGAGCACUCAUGGGCACGUCACAGGGUCCCAAGGGUGACGCAUGGAGCGGUGUGCCCCGUCGCCCAGAUGGCCUCAACCGCAGCAUCAGUGGCGGCUUCGGUAUCCCCGCUCCAGAAGAAACUGAUCCCGCCAAUGGCGACGGCGCCGGCACCCGGAAGAGAGCUGUCAGUGGCGCAGGCAGCCUCAAGGAUCUCAUGGAAGAUGACCAGGACCGCGUCGAUGCCAGGAAUGCCGCAAGUCGGUUGGCGCAGAGCACGUUUUGAAGCAAGUAGAUAAAUUAGCAGUUCGCUUUAGGUGUAGCACUUGGAACCUCUCUGUUCUGUCAGAUGUUUUUGUUUGUACUCCCUUUUUUUUCCUGUUUGUUAGUCGGAAAGUUUUUUUUUUUUUUUUUU